AUGUCGCCCCAUGCCACGAGGCCUGAUCACGAGUCUGAUACAUCGUACGAUGUCAUUGUCGUUGGUGGCGGAGCUGCCGGGAUUGGUGCUGCAAUAGGAGCGAAACAAGCAGCGCCCCAUGCUCGUGUCCUGAUCAUAGAAUCGGAAGGUUGCCUCGGCGGCGCUGCAACCCAUCGAGGUGUCACGUCUUAUUGCGGGCUGUACGGUGUCGAGCACAAGCCGAGAAGAGCGUUUGGGGCCAUCUGGUCAGAAAUCCAUUCGAAAUUGAAUGUCGAUCCAGAAGGGUUGAAGCGCGUGCUGGAUGAUGUAAUGGCUGCUUAUGGGAUCGAGACUGUCCUUCAUUGUACGGUCGUUGGGGGCGAGAGAAGCGACAGUAAUCUAUCAAGCAUCAACAUCCAGGAACGCAAAGGUCGGCGAAAGAUUUUCGGAAAAGCAUUCAUUGACUGCUCCGGAGACGGCGAUUUGGCGGCCCACGCCGGCGCCUCAACGAGAUAUGGCAACCAUGGGCAUAUCAACAUGGGCUCAUUGGCGACUCGAUUUGGUGGCCUGACGCAGGCGAACCCGUCUUCUAGUCUGUGGCGCGAUGCCAUAAUUGCCGCGAAAGAGCAAAAUCCGGCGUUGAAGAAGAUUGUACCUCGAAAUGUCGGUGUCCUUAUCAAGCUGCCUGGUUCUGGGGACAUUUGCACAUAUAUGGCCUCGGCACGGUGUACCUUGAAUAUUCUUCGCAAGCUGCCCGGGCAUGAGAACAUGUAUCUCGUGUCCACCGGACCCAACUUUGGCGCGCGCGAAUCUCGCCACAUCAACUCACGGUAUCGGCUGACGAGGGCUGACAUUGUCAAAGGUAACUAUUUUGAUGACACCGUCGCCGUUGGAGCCUGCAUCAACACACCAAAUCUGUUCUGUGCCGGGCGCUGUGUUGAUGGCGACCAGGCAGCUUCCAGCGCUGUCUGUGUCAUGGGUACAGCACUGGCAACUGGACAAGCAGCAGGCAUAGCGGCAGCAUUGCGGGUAGCGACCGGAGCCGAUCCUGAUCCUGGCGAAGUCCGGAGAGUGCUACUUGAGAAUGGUGCGCUCCUUGACCGCCACAACCUGGCCAGAGCGGGAGUUUUGGAAGACGACAAGGGCAUGAAUCUCAGCCAUGACGAAGUCUGA